AUGGGCCCCGAUGCUAAGUCUGCUGGGCAGCCCCAGGGAGAUGGCAGCCAUUCGGCGGCUGCAGAUGCUCGGAGGCACCAGAGGGGCCGCGCAGAGCACCGCAGACACACCAUCACCAACGGCGUGGACUUCAGCGUGCUGAAGCAUAUGAAGGAGCUGGAACAGGAGAAAGAUUUUCUGCUCCAGGGUCUGGAGAUGGUAGAACGUGCUCGGGAGUGGUAUCACCAGCACAUCCAGUUUAUGCAGGAACGACAGAGACUUGUGGGGAAAAACAAAACCAGCACUGACUUCCUCCCUGAUGGCAGCCAGAGCCACCUGGGGCGCCUGCUCCCUAAGCUGCAGGAGGUGAACCGCUGCCUCAGUGACCUCCUUUCUGCGGUGGGCAAGCCAGCAAACUCUUCCUCAGCUCUGCCCAGGCCAGGCCCUGCAGGCCCUGUGGUGUCCCCAGCGUCAGCAGGGUCCCAGCAAGCCAUCAGUAUGCUGAAGGAGCAAAACCGGCUUCUCACCAAGGAAGUGACUGACAAGAGUGAACGCAUCACCCAGCUGGAGCAGGAGAAAUCCGCCCUGAUCAAGCAGCUCUUUGAGGCUCGGGCUCUCAAUAACCAUGAAACAAGCCAGCUGGACUCCACCUUCAUCUAGUGUCCGCCUCCUGGAGCUCCUGCUGGCCCCACACUUGAGCUCUUCCCUGGGCUUUCUU